GAACAACAUCAGUAGAGGUGUGUCGUCAGGAGGACGAGGAAGCGCAGCCGUUGGCGACACGUCGCCUAGAACAGCUGCACCCGCUGGUGGACCAUCUUCGUCAUCUCGUGGAGAACAAGGAGACGGAUCCGCGCCUCGACUGCUGGCCGCGCCGAAGAAAGAUCCCGUUGUGAAGCAAAUGCUCGAGCACGCUUUCAUGCAGUGCUAUUCUGAGGCACUGGCGGACCGCAACAUCUUUCUGAAUGCAGCGCAGAAGGCGGGUUCACCGCCCGCUGAUGCAGAAGUCUCCGUGAACUGUUUGCUUCCCAUGAUGACGCUGAUGCGGCAUUUGGACGUGACCCUGGAACGAAUCCAGAAGACUCGGAAAACCGGCCACUGCCGCUUGGCAACUGUGACUUUUGACGAGUGGUGCGGCUUCUACUACAGCUACUGCACAAUCGAGGUCCAAGCGUUGCACGAAAAAUUUCGGAACACCGUGCUCAAGCGGCGACAGUACUUCGCGCCACUUCGCGCUUUGGCCAGUGGCAGCACUAUCGAAAACAAAAGGAGGGGAAGCUUUCGUGGAGGCCACAACUCUCCUCGUGCUUUCUCGGCUGGUGCAAGCAGUCCUCGCGCGGCCUCUACGAGCAACAAACCAGGCGAGGAAGAGCUCCUACUUGACAACAAGGGGGCGCUUGCUUUGCUGUUGAAAAUGAACCAGUGGAGCCUGUUGGGUGAGACGUACAUACGAGACGUGGUGGACGCCACAGCCGCGAUGUUUGACGAUGUGUCUCGGGACGUGCGCAAAGUGCUGGUUUCCGACAAGGAAAUGGUGUCAGAAAGCGAGGAAGAAGAGGAGGACGAGGACUUCGCUGCCUCCAGCCGUAGCUUGAGCCUAAAGAUGACCAAGACUUCUACAGCUUCAUCCAGUUCACCUAACGCCACGACGACUAAAACCGCGUUUAAUAGGAGCAACAGCGGCAGUCCUCCUCCUGCUGAUGCGUCAGUGCUCAAAUCGGAGUACAUUAGUCCCAGUUCAACGACACUUCCGGACGACGGAGCCCCCGUCCGUGAUCGCAGGGAGCUGCGAACUAUGGCCACUGCCAGCCGUAUCGGCACGUGGGAAGAUGAGCAAGGUUCAACAUCUCUAGCACUCAAGAACGAAGACGAGGACUCUGACGCGGACCUUAUACCCGACGGCUAUCGCAAAGUUACUCUUGAAGUGGUCAGUUUUGCGAAAUUCGUUAAGAUGUACUACUACGCAACCAAGAGCCACGGUUUCAUGCGAGGCGAAUUGAUGGAAAUCGAGAAAGUCUUCGAGAAGUAUCACGUCAAAUUCAUCCACGAUUUGGACCACCGGAAAGAACGCAUUGCAGCUGCAAAAAGAAAGUUGAAAUUGCAGAAGAAAAAUCGUGGCGAAAAUGUUGCCGUUGGAGGCGAAAUUACAGGUGCUGACAAGUUCUUCAAGAAUAGUUGAGUUUUCUUGUGCAAACAUAUUCAACAGUCUUUGAAUUUGUCAUCUCGUCUUCGAAUUUGUAAUGUCACCUUACGUCAUCUUGCUCAUGAUCAGAGAAAUUAUUGCAUUUGGAGGUACGAAGAUGGUCAAUUAGAACUAUAAAUUCAACAAUGAAUAGUAGAAAAUCUAUCAGAUAAUGGUGGAAGCGAAAUUGAGGAUGCGGAGGAGUGGGCACAGCUAACUAGCCUCGAACGCAUGGAGCGGUGGGGCAUGGAGGCUGCGGGGCAUGUCCGUCUGGUUGACGCACGCAAAUGCAUUCGCCCGAUUCUGAACUAUCUCGGCUAUCCUGCGGAAGAAGUGACCGACCGAGACAUAGAUAAGCGCAUGGCACAGUGCAUAACACGCGUGGCUCAUCGAAACGCCUAUGCCACCAAUGAUCUGCAGACCCGGACGAGCUUGUGGUCCAGUGUCUUGCAGAUUUGGGGAAAAAAUCAACGGAACGGAGCACGCGGCAAUGGGGUACCGGAUUUGGGAAAGCUAGAGCCUAUGGACUUCAUGUGUCGGCUCUUGACUGAGAAAGCAGUCGCACCGGAAGAAGGCGAAUUCACGAGUAGUUCCAGUGGCGAAGAGUCGGCAGUUUUUCUACCAGGACAGUCAGCACCAGCAGGGAGUCAAAUACCACGUGGCCUACCUGGCGAAAGACACAAAGGUGGAGAGGUAGCUGCGGUGUCGCUUGAGCCGGACAUUUGGGGAACCAUGGAUUUUGGAGCGGAGCGCAAGUCCAGCGCGAAACCGAGUAUGCGUGCGGAGUUGCUCCCGCCGAACGACCUUUGCUGGAUGACAUUUCCGCAGAUGCUGUACAUUUUAUCGCUCUUCCGAGAAAGUUUCUCCCGUUCCGUCGCGAGGCGAUUUCAACAAGCCGAUGCGAACGGAUCUGGGGGAAUUGACGCGGAAGAACUGGCACGGAUUCUACGUGCGGUGAACGCGUGUAGUGUCAGUGAAGCCGUCUUGCGUGAUUUGUACGCUGAUGUGGGUAGGGACCCAGAGAAGUUAGACGAGGAACUGAACAUGGAAGAGUUCAACGAAGUGUAUCGGUGUUUCCGGCAGCGUGCUGGCUUCUCGAACUCGGAAAUCCACGAAUACCAGGAUGCUUUCGACCACUUCGCCGAACCAUUGCAUGUCCUGCGACGACAAGAAGAAAACCGGAAAUUGAAAGCGAACUCUGUUUUGCGCCAAUCUCAGGAUACUGCGCACGCUCUCACAGCCGCAGAAAAAUUGAAGCAGGAAAGCGACAGUGGCGACUCGGACGACGCAGACUGCGAAGACCACAAAGCGGAAAGAAGACGACGCAAAAUGGCGGAAACAGAAGGCCUUGGGCUAGAUGCAAUAUUAAGGCGGGAGAGACUUUUACUUGCAGUAGUUUCUAUUUCUUUGUUUCUGCAGGAGCGUUGUAUGAUAAAAAUUGAUGAAGAUCUUCCUCUAACCAUACGGCGUUCUUUGAGUAGAUGUUGAAGAUCGAAAUGGAAAUUGUUUGAUCAUAGGCACACUGUGGGUAGAGAUCUUCUGCCUCUAAGUAAAGCGCCUAUGGAUGACAUGCAAGGGACUUCGUCGUCCGCGUCAAGACGUGCUGGUUUGGAGGCUGAGGACAUAAAUGCGCGCGCAAAGACAGGCCGUCGCGGAGGGUUACUUGUUACAGCGAGAUCGAUCUCCGGAAUUCGAAUUCCUGCCAUGGAGAGAAAGACUUCACCAUUGCUGGGAAAACAGACCACGUUCCUGACUGCUGAGGAAGAGGAUCAUUUAUGAAGACAAGUUAUUCUAGCACUUCAUUUUCUCACAUUUAACUGUCGACGGUAAUUUUGUAUAUUUCGCACUAAAUGUAGGUUCUCAACAUGCUCCUCAUAAUCAUGGUCGUUUACCUAAUUCUGUGGAAAAUAUGUAGUUGAAGAACAUCGAUCAGGAAUGUUAUCUCGGUCGUGUUCCCAUAUGUUCUAAUGCACGCCAUGAUCAACGAUCUGUUGUUCGACAAGAGGGCUUGGCGCUCUUCCAAUCAAGGGAUGAAGUUGCGGUUCAGGGCCAAGCUUGACCGAGACUUGAAGCAGAUACAGGAUCGCCAGCCGAUUUUGACGCUAGCUGCGCGCAAACAGGAACGGCAGAAUAAGGGACUCGUCUUUUUGAGUCAGCAUGAGCUAGCAAAAGUCUUCAAGUGGCUCGGUUACAGUCCUCAACCUGGCUACUUGAAAAGAAAAACUGCGGAAAUUGCAGACGUUGAUGGCACUUUGGACCUAUUCGAGUUUCUCAAGAUCGUAAAAGCGGUCAUAGACGGCUUAAUGCUGAGCCUUCAGUACCGGCUCAGCGAGCACCGACAUACGAAUCCCAUUGACGGCAAUGCCUAUGUGACUUUUCGAAGUGCAGUUUCGAUUCUAAUGGGCCUUGGCUACGCAAGCAGCGAAAAAAUGGCGCUCAGGGCAGUUCUGGACACUUGUACCUACUACAUUUUUUGUGUUUCUUGAGGCCGCUUUAUUGUUAUUCCUCGCAUCUCCUAUUUCAUCUGACUCAUUCCAACAUGUCGUGAUUUCGAUUUAGACCACACCGAAGCAGUUUCUGUAGAGGAGCAGUAAAAACAGCGGCGCCAUGUGGAAUGAAACUUCAGGUCCUGAUCUUUCAUGGCUUCCGCGCGAGCUAUCUCCAUCGAUGUUAUUCACCAUCAAAGUGAUUGAUGACGUGAAGUGGCCCGAGAACGUGGAUGACAUACCAGACGAUACGACAAUUAAGGCUUGCCCUAAUCCGUCUUGUUCUGAAGCAUGUUAGACCUCUCUCAUAAGGGGAAAAUAGGCCCAACAUGAGUCCCGCGAUGGAUUAGGGUGAGCUCUAAGACAAGACUGGCAAUCAAGUCUCGUCGGCGCGUGCAGAAAGAGCGUCGGACGCUCUUGCUCACCGCAGGAAAGACGGCGGCUAUUACGACUACAGCUCCAGCAGAGCAGACCGAUGCUGGUGCAACGAUUAAAGAUGUUUCAUCUAGUGUCGUGGUAUCUUCAUCUGAGAAGAAACCCAGCAUUGAAGAUGGUGCGGUUGCAGAUGAGAACAAGAAUGAAGAUGAAUCUAAGGAAGACUUGUCUAUGACAGUGGAACGACAAUCGAUUACUGAACAAUACGACAGCAAUCCAGUGGAGGAACAAAAUACAGCUUCGGUUACUGCAGUCACGACUAGCCGAAGUGCGUCACUUGUUGUGGGUACCGAAGAGUCGGUUACCGUCGGCAACUCAACAAGUGGUGACGUGCAAGCGGGAGAGGACUCGACACGCCAAGAGGUAUACUACAUAGUAUAGCGUUUGCGUUUGGGGAUAAAGUUGUUCUUGUUUGCUUAGUUCCGCGUACUUUCAAACUCUUUCUCCAACUCUUCUAAAACAAGUAGAUCUAGGAUGAAGAUGCUAGAAGAGGGAGAACAAGAUGGCUCCGCACAACCUUUUUCGAAGUACCUCCUCCCAAUUACAUCAAAAUUAUAUAACAACAAAGCUGCAGCCAUCAGCCGCUGAAGAUACAUCGAAGACUGACGAGCAGGGCUCGCCCUCGUCCUCAAAGACUGGGGUGGUUGACAAUGAGACGAUUUAUCUGAGAGAUAAGUGGAUCCUUGCUAGUCAAAUCAUGGAUGCUGCCAUAAUCGCGCGACGAAUGACCAAGGAGCAAUACUGCAACUACUCUGGCUUCUCCGACGUCGAGAUCCUGGAUUUCAAAAAGAUGUUCAUGCGAUACGCAAUGAAGGCACUUCAUCUUCUAGAGCUUGAAUGAACUACGACUACAACUUUUUUGUAACAAUGUGGUUGUUUAUGACUUCGUCCUUUGUCUGAGACUCUUGGAGGAGGUCUUGAACUACUUACUACUACCUAGGGAAUUUAUAUCAACUUACACUCGCUUUUGCAACAAGAAAUGAGUUGUUGAAGAUAAAAUCAACAAUUAUAUGGCCCACACGAAUUUUUACCAGGUUUCCGACAGUGACACCGAGUAUGCCUUAUUUGGUGCUGGUCUCCGCAAGGUUUUGCUAAACCUGUUUCCGAACGCCACAAAGGACAAGGACGUGCAUAAUUUGAUGGCUGAUGUGCUGAAUCAAGUGGAUCGGGAUCUCAGUGGCACGAUCGAUUUCGCUGAGUAUCUCCAGAUCAUGCGUAUUCACACGGACAUCGAAAACGGAGUGGUUUAAAUGUUGGCACGGAGAUGAAGAUGAACAAAAUAGUCGAAAGAACACGACUACAAGACGAAGAACUUUAGAAGACGUGGACCUUUCUUCAAUUUAUUGAUGGCGCCAACACCUGCGCUGUUUAUGAGCGAUUACUGGGCCGAUUGCUUUUGCUACCUCUUACCAUAGAUAAGAAAAACUUGAUUGCCAAUACCAUGUACGAUUUGAUGACAAACCUAAUGAUGAUGUAUACCUAAAUGUCUUGUACUUCUACUUGUAUCAUCUAGUGAGUACUCAUUCAGUUUUGUAUUUUUGACAUUAAUAAUUAGAGAAAUCCACAAUCUCCACGUGUAAAAAUUGAGUUUGAAUUUUGGUCCGUUUUUGGAAAUUCAUCUGUACACUAUCAUUGUAAUAUCGUCUUGAACAUUCAUAAGAAGAUUCUCGACUAAUGAAAAAAUUUCAGGUACUACCACACCAUUAUACCGCCAAACAUCAAAACGUCAAUGAUCAUGAUUACAUCCAUCCAUCGCCAUAAUUGUAGAAGUUAUAGAAGUCAGCCGUUUUACUUUUAUUGUAAUCCAUUCAUCUAAUAUCAAGAACAUCGCGUGUGUAAGUGCAAGGAAAAAGUAACAAUUCUGUUCCUCUGCUCGUAGUCUGUAGUCCAUCUCGAUCUCCGUGUUGGUGUAUAUUAUCAGAGUUAGUAAAUUCUUUAGGUUGUCGUUUUUUUGAGACUGAGAAGUGCUGAGUUAUAUUAUUGAUAAAAAGAUGCUAAUAUGCGAAUGCCAAUCCCAAUGCUUAGAACAAGAAUGAAUAGGUGAUGAACCGGAACAUGGAAUUUCGACGAGAGCCAUUUUUACCGACACUGCGAAUGAAUGAAUCACGAAAAUUAUGUAUGAUUUCGAUUAUGUACACCUGCAUCUACCACACAAAGAACAAGAUGCUGGUUGAAUAUGGAAGAACACGUCCUACUUUACAAAUGUCACCAUGUUGUGCAAGCAAAACACGCAAUGAGCUGCAAGCAUAAAAAGACAGGCAGAAAAUAUUUAAACCAGCCACGACAAGACGCCUUACCAGGAGAAUGCAUAUGGAUGUCUUCGUGCUGAUAAAGUUUUCACCACAUCCACAAGAAUGACGGCUGAAGAUGGUCGAGAAUGAAAGAUGUUGAAUGAGUAUCGAGGAAACCUGGAAUUAAGAGACUGAGAGAGGGGAGUAGAACUGGAGAGCAAUGAAGUGGGCGGGUUGUGAGUAUCAGUGUUACAACUUGCAGCGUUGGACUUGGUCUUCAAAAA